CGUAAACCUGAAAGCUGCCUUUGGAAAACAUCAUCGGGUCCCAGACAGGGUCCUGUUGCGAGGGGAUUGUUGGGGUUUUUGUGUGGUGCUGCCCUGGCAGGUAACAGGAUCGGCUCGGCUGAGUUCUCCUGACGUGCUAGUGCUGUGGAAGUUGCACAGAAGUGUAAUUAAAGUCCUCUGCCUGCUAUGAUUUCAGUGUAAACGCCUGGUGCUCUUCAAACGCACUAUUUAAAUUAAUCCAAAUUACCCUUCAGAGUAGACAAGACCUAAAACUGUAAUCUUACAUAGCUUAGAUUCCUUCUUAAAUGAGAGUGGGGGGAAUACAGCCAAAAGAAGGCCAGUUAUGAUGGAAUCUUGUUGGCACGCGGCUGUGCCAAUUUAAAUUAAUACCUUGGAUGGUGACAGUAACAAAUCCCUUCUCUUGUUCGGAGUUGGUUUAAACUUGUCCUUUCCACCAGCACCACAAGCAGCUGAUCUGUCCUAAAUUAACGUGGUUUUGAGCAGUGUCUGUUGGGCUUUCGCAGGGCUCGCUCUGCUCUCAGGUGAUGCCUCGGAGGGUGCUUUUGUAAGGGAAUUUUCCCUUCUGGAACACCAGGAAGCAGCUGGAUGGCCCUAAAAAGCCCUAAAAAAGAAGGGAAGGGUCAGUCCUGCUGGGGCACGGGGCAGAGAGGCUGCCACCAACAAGGGGGCUGUGAUUGCUUCCUUGUUUCCGUGCCGCCAGAUCGGUGAUCUGUGCUCAGGCAGCCUUCUCCUUCAUUCAGUCCCUGGCUAAUUUGAUUUCCAGUUUAAUUUGAUGACAGUUCGGGGAGCCAAAUCGCUUGUAUUUAAACAAAUGGCUUCUAUUUUGAUCAAAUUUCAUUGUGUUUGGCGUGUGUUGGGGUAUCACGUGUGUUAAAAACCGCUGACACCGCAGCUCCUGUAGGUCUGUCAGCCGCUGCUGAGCGUUCAGUUAGGAGCCGUGCAAAAAUGGGGUCUUGCAGGGGAUGUGCAGGGCAGCGGGGCUUCGGGCACUGAUAAUAUAUUUUUUUGAGGCUGGGCAUGAAGCAAGGUGGCAGAUAUCCCCGUGGUCACCUCGACGUGUUCAGUAUUUGGUAUUUUUUGGGGCUGCAGGGAGCGCGAGGACGGGGGGUGAUGUCGGCACCUCGCUGCUGCCGUGGGUGGUGGUGGGAGCACAGCGAGCUCAGGGAAGGGGAGCCCCACGUCACGCUCCCUCCGAUUCCGUUUUUAUUUGUUUGGGAUGUCCCACGUACGUGUGCUGUGUGGGUUUGUGUGUGGAUUUGAGCGAGCUCUCUGCCAGCGGGACGGGAGCCCGUGCAAAGCCGAUGGAUGCGCUGCCAUGGCAGCGUUAGGCUUUGUGUCGAGAGGGGAAGAAAGAAGUCCUUUCAGAGGUCUAUUUUUGGCGUUUAAUUAGUGGCUCUUGCUGACUUGUCGGUGCCGUGGUGAGAACUGUUUCCAGUUCUCUGUGCGCGGGGUCGUGUCCGUCCCCUGGCGGUCCCACCUGCGGCUGGGGGCCCCCGGGCGCCCCCCGAAGCCUGCCCCCAAAGCAAAGGGCGCAUUCCUGGCGUGCCUCUCAGGUGAGGCAGCGCCGUGGGGAUAGGACAGCCGGGAUACACGGCUCCUGGAGGGUCUCAGAGGGCUUUUUCUGGGCUUUCACAUCCUUAACUUCUCUCUGCCCCGGAGGAGUUUGGUGUCUGUAAGGGCGUGAUUCACCGAUGGGUUUGGGAUGGGUGUAAAAGGCUGCGCGUUCCCUCCUGUCCUGAUCUGUCGUGGUCGGGGGGUGACCACACAAAACCUCGCAGGGUGACUAAUUAUUGAUGUUUCUGCUCCUCGCAGCUAGGGACUUGUCUUGGUGAUGCUGUAGCCAUGGAGGAGGUCAUCAAUCUGAAGGUGCUGCUCGUCCUGGUGCCCGUGGUGUCGGCUGGGUUCUGGCUAUCAGCUGUGCCGAGAUAGGGAGGAAUUGCUCAGACAGCUAGCAAGCAAGAGGAAUGGAAGAGAACACCGGCUGCUCUGUCUUGCAGAAGAUGUGAGAUUUUUUUAAUUAAAAUUUGGCUUUAAAGCUCUCGCUUUAGGCACUGCCUACUAUUCGACCUGAGGCAAGCAAACUCCUUGCUGUGAGGUUUAACCGAUGCAAGCAUUCGGUUGCAACUAAAACUGGUGGAGUUCUGGCUUCAGCGACUUUUCCAACUGUUUGGCUAACAUGGUGGUGGAAGGCACUGGUUAUCUAGCCAUUUUUUCCUCUGCCAUUGAAGUGGGAUUUGCAUGAAAGCUCUUGCCUGCCCCGCGGGAAGCCGGUCUCCAUGGAGCAUGUUAACCUGGCAUCUUGUGGACCACGUUGGGGCAGUGGGUGAAACCUCCCCGACUUGUGAGGAAGUGCAGCUGCGUGACCACAGCUGCUAUUUCUAGAUUACUCCUCUGCAGUCAGGUGAUGCCAUCCUCGAAACGUGAGAAUCGAUGUACUCGUCAGCAGCGUGGUGUGCUCGGCCUGGCAGAUCUACCAGCCUGUCCGCUGGAGGCUGGGUUUGGACUCGCACAACAGCUCCGAGCCAAGUGCAUGUGCAUAAAAACACGUCAGGCUUAUAAUCCUGGUGGCAGGAAUUGCUGCUGCGGCCUCUAAUUGUUAGCCUGGAAGGAUGCUCAUUCUCCAGGUGCUGCUAAACUCAGGACUCCUGGCUUGUUCCGGGCACUGAGGCUGGAGAUGAGGACUGCAUUCCUUCCCCUGCCCUCACCUGCAAACAGGAAAAUCUCCCUCCUGCGCGGUGAGCGGCGGCAGCGAGGGGCGAGGAGGCGCUGCAGGUGAUGUGGUUUCAGCGCCGGCUGAAAUGGCUCUCGGUGAAAGCUGCGUUUCCUCUGCUGGGAAACAAAUUUACGGGGUGUCGUGGCCUCAAACCCGGCCCCGAAACCCUCUGCACGGCCUCCUUUUGCGUGGGCCUCUGGUUAAGCAGCUCCUUUCCUCCUGGCCACCCUCUUUGACCGUGAGACUUCCCAGUGGUGUGCGCUCUGCUUUGCUUUUCCUUCCUCUUGGUGAGGCCGAGCCUCCAGCUGUGCUCGGCCCCGCUCGACAUCUGGGCUCCCCACCACGGCACCGCCAUGUCCCGGACUGGGCGGACUGGUGGGGACUGGAAUGCUUUGGGAAAUGGGAGUUUCCCGCUUGGAAAUGUCACGGGAAGCACCGAGGAAAUCACGCGGUUCGGGAGCGCUUACCUCACCGCGCUCUCAUCCGAACCAGCCCGAACAAUGCGGUGCCAGCUGCCUUAUAAAUAAACUGCUUUCCGUUUCCACACCGGGGCUGGGGCUGGCUCGUAGCGCCGCGCCGGGGGAAGGAAGAGCGUCACGGCGUGUCGGCUCCCGACCUCCCAGAUGGACUGCCCGGCUUCCUCGUGCUGGGCUGCUGCUGUCAUGAAUAACUUCCACGUGCUCCUUCCGAGCCCAAAAUGGGCAGUUCUGUAGGCAGCCAGAGCUGCUGUAGGGUUUUUUUUGUGCCCUCCCUAUUCUGUUGAAGCUGCUGAGGAUUGCUAGCAAAGGAAUUGUGACAGGAGUCUGUCCGGAUUAGUGCUGUUACCACCUUUUUUUUCUCAUUUCAACCCUGGUAAAAUGUUGCCAUGGGCUUGUACACGUGCGUCAGGCGGGUGCAUUUUUGUCGAGGCCGGAGCCCCGGCCUUCCUGGGCAGGAGGAGGACGCCCAGUAUCGCCGGCUGGGCGCAGCCCGCUCUGCGGGGAGGGGAUGGCUCAGGAGUCCUUUCUCAUGUCCCCACGGCUGAAUCACGGAGCACAAACGUCUGAGUCACCGCGGAUGAAUGCGGCGUUUCACGUCGGUGUGAGCCGAGAUGCCAACAACAGCGGCUUUAUUAGCGCAGCUAAUACUCAUUAUGGGGUUCAUUAGGUUCUGAAGUGAACCAGUCCAGGAGGGCUGCUUUUGCAGCGUGUGUAAGCAGGCAGUGCCACUUGAACGCCAGGUUUUUAAUGGGAUGCCGGCCUGGAUGGAGAGGAAAUGAAACUUCAGAGGCGAGCUUUGGUGUGCGACGUGCCCCGCUGCUUGCUGCGGGCGGCUGCUGCCCGUAAACCGCUCCUCUCACCUCGUGUCACCCGCUGGCUCUCCUGAAACCCCAGAACGUUUUCCUGCGACUUUCUUGGUUACUAAAUUUUCAGAAGGAAACGUCAAAGGGACUGUCAGCCGGUGACCCCUUUUGCUUUCCUGGAGAAAGCUAUUUGCUAUUUCGAGCUCUUCCUUCUCGUGGAGGCCUUCGCCUGUCCCCGAGGAGGACCGGCAGUACGCAAUGUCAGAUGGGGAUUUUGGGCAUUUGCUACUUGUCCUUGCUCAAAACGUGGAUUUUCCUUUAGCCUAGAUGUGCAGCUGGCUGGGGGCUGAGGUUUUGCCCCCUGGCUGCUGUUGGCGGAGCUGAGGCUGAGCCCCGAGCAUCGGGGCGCUGCGCUCCUCAUGCACCCCUGGCACAGGGCUUGGGACCCAGUGGCUUUGUCCCAUAUUUUUCUCCUGCUGUGAAAUAGGAGGCACUGCGGGUGGAAAAGGGUCACCUCACAGCACGGCGAGGGGCUGUCUUCAGGCUGGAGCCGAGGCAGGGACGUGCUCUGUGUUGGGUUCACUGGUGCAAAACUUGCCCUUUUUGGUUUUUGCCCCUAGAGGUGGAGGUGAGAUGGGCUGGCAGGGUUUUUCCUCCACCUUGAAGGUAAUGUCAGUGUUAAUUCGGGUCUGGAUUUCUGCUGUUCUCUGGGUUUUGUUGUUCCCCCUCUGGUGGGGUGUUUGUUCUUUCCCUCCCCAACGAGAAGAGCUGCUGCUGAUAUUCCUAAAGAGCAGUCUGAAACCCAGACCCGGCUGUGAUGUGACGUGCAGCUCUGCAGUUCUUCGCUCCUCGAGCAGCUCAGCCCUGCCUUUCGUACGCUCCUACACAUCUUAACGUGAGCACCUUUACCAGGUAGCCUUGUAGAUUCCCUUCAGGAAGGUUCAUUAGCCCUAAUCAGUGGUACAGCAAUGUGGAAGUGCUUUAUUGCAGCUUGUGAUUUCGCAGCCCGGCGAGUUGCUGUGCGGCACCGGAGCCUGAGAAGCUGUCGCUGUGCAUCCUUGGGGAGCGCAGCAUCGGUUUAAACCUCUCUCACUGAAACCCAGACUAAUGGUUCCUGUUCCACUAACGUAGAAACACAGGGUCAGGCACAGGAUUGUGCUUUAACCACCUUCCACGUGUCUUCUGUACUGUGGCAAUCUCCUGGGAAGUCAGGCAGGUACAGAGCACGUGUGCGGCGCUCUGCAGCCCUCGGGUGGGUUUUGCAGACCUCCUUCCAAGCAGGACAGCUGAUGCACGGACGUGGAUAGAGGCUGGGAAUCAUCUCUCCGAACUUUGUGGGUCCCUGCCAGAUGGCUGCAUGUUUAAAUGGCUUUAAAAUGGCUUUUCCUUUUGUUUCCAAGCAAAGAGCCUGAAAUGAGGUGGAGCAUGCCCGUAACCGGUGCGUUAAUUGCCCACGAGGAAAAUGGAAAGUGCCUCCAAGCCCGCGGACUGCGGCUGAGCAGGGACCGGUGGUGGGAGGGUGAGAAGAGCAGCGCUUCCAGCGCCAUGCGUGUGUCCUGCGCGAGGGAGGAGAGUGGCAUUUGCUCGUCCACCCCCUCGUGUCUGCUGAUCCGUGCUCCUCCACCUGCUCCUGCUGUCCGUCCGUCCAUCUGUCCAUCCUGCUGGCCGUGCCACACAGAGGCAGACCCGCUUCCCCCUCUGUUUUUGCAGCUGUGCUUCAGAGGCAAGGAGCGGAUUUUGCGAGCUGCCUGCUGGAUGCCUGGUGCAUCAGUGGAGGGACUGAGGGCAUCCACAUCUUCUAGGUGUCCUUGUGACUUUGGUGCAGUUUUAUUAGGCUUCACAACGCCCCCUGCCCUCUCCGGUGUGGCUGCCUCCUGCCCCUGCGCGUGGCGGUCUCAUUUCGGUUGUUCCACCGAUGCGCAUUGCUCCCAGCUGGACCAGCCCCAGUUGAUAAUCUUGGAUUUUGUUGUUUCCCAGAAUAGCAGCUUUUUUUGCGUGUGUGUUUCGCUACUGGGACUGCUGCAGCAGGGAGCUCGUCUCGAGCUCGCCCUGGCUGAUAUUCAGGCGCUGAAGCAGCGCGGCUGCCGGCCUGGCAGGAGCAGGGACCUCGAGGGCUGCAGCAAACCCUGGUGUUGGAAACCGUUUCCAGGAGAAACCUGGAUGUGUCAGAUGGGUUCGGGUUUCAGAUUAGUCACUUCUGCGAAUUCCUGCGUGUUUUUGAAAAUGUUCUGUUUCCUCUGGGCUCAGACAAAGCUGCUGAAUGCUUCAACGUCGCCCCGUCCCGCCGCGGUCUGGUCUGUAGGACACCGAAGCCCGAACACAAACUUUGGGUGAAAAAGAGCAGAAUCCGAGUGGGAGUAUUUAAAUUCUGUUGUGAUGCAAAUGCUGAGAGGGACGUUUGUAACCGUAGCCAUCGAGAUGAGAUGCGUGUAUCAAAAAUAAACUUUUAUCUCCCUUA